GUUAACCUGUCAAAACAGAAAAUUGAAGUUGUUAGUGGCGUUUAUCGAUUUCUCGAAAAUUACUGUGAAAACCCUAGCUAAUAGCGAAAGAUUCUAGAAAUUAAUUAGUUCCCGUGUUCUACCAGCACAACCAUGAGUGGUAAUCGUGGAAAUUUCAGCUUUUCGAUGCGUCGUUCCGGCCAACUCGCAAACUCUUUCGUUAGUCGACAACAGCAACAACAACAGCAGCAACAACAACCACAGCAAAAGAAUUUCUCCCUGAAUGCAGUUCCUCCGCCAAGUUCCCUGUGCGGUCGUGGGUCCGGUUUCCCUCCACCAAAAAGCUACAAUCAACCAACUGCUGGUAGUGUGUCCAAACACGGUUAUCAUACGAUGGAUGCUAUUGCGGCAUUUUCCAAUACCUCGUCUCAAUACACCUUGGGAAAGAAGCGAGGAAAAAAUGACGAUGAAAGCUACUUUGAAGAUGACGACGAGCCCGCCGCUCAGUUGGAGUACAUCCCGGCACCUGGCUCUCCUUCGGCACCUGAUUCACAAGGGAAAGGCAAACAAUCGGACGAUGACGACGACGAUGAGGAUGAUCCGCUGGAUGCGUUCAUGGCAGGUAUUGAAGCGCAAGUGGAAAGAGAAAAAAAGAAGAUCCCGGAACCGAAUAUAGACCCGAAAAAGGGGGUACGAGGAGACAUCGAUGAUGAGGAUGAUGAAGAAAGCUACUAUCGCUACAUGGAAGAAAAUCCGAAUGCCGGCAUCCAGGACGGUGACGGUUCGGAUGCGGAACUUGAAUACGACGAGGAGGGCAACCCAAUUGCACCGCCGAAGAAACGUGACAUUGAUCCACUGCCUCAGAUAUAUCACUCGGAGAUAGAAUACGAAAAGUUCGAGAAGAAUUUCUACAUUCCUCAUGAGGACAUAAUUGCGUUGAGCCAAUCAAAGAUAUACGAACUACGUAAAACUCUCGGUGUGCGUGUCACUGGACCCCUGCCACCAGCACCGGUGACCAGUUUUGCUCACUUUGGCUUCGAUGAGUCACUUAUGAAGGCGAUCCGCAAAUCGGAGUACACUCAGCCAACACCGAUCCAAGCACAAGGUGUUCCGGCUGCCCUAAGUGGUCGAGAUAUUAUCGGUAUAGCAAAAACUGGUAGCGGUAAAACUGCUGCUUUUCUGUGGCCCAUGUUGGUGCAUAUUAUGGAUCAGAAGGAGCUAGGACCUGGUGAUGGGCCGAUUGGAUUGAUCUUGGCACCGACUCGUGAAUUGUCUCUGCAAAUCUAUCAGGAGGCGAAAAAAUUUGGCAAAGUAUAUAACAUUAGUGUUUGCUGCUGUUACGGUGGUGGUUCCAAGUGGGAACAAAGCAAGGCACUGGAACAGGGUGCCGAGAUUAUAGUAGCCACACCGGGACGGAUGAUCGAUAUGGUCAAGAUGAAAGCGACCAAUUUGAGACGGGUUACGUAUUUGGUGUUAGACGAAGCCGAUAAAAUGUUCAAUAUGGGUUUUGAACCGCAAGUUCGCUCAAUUUGUAAUCACGUCCGCCCUGACCGACAAACCUUGCUAUUCAGUGCUACUUUCAAGAAAAGAAUCGAACGGUUAGCCAGAGAUGUCCUUACUGAUCCGAUUCGAAUUAUUCACGGUGAUCUCGGAGAAGCCAACCAGGAUGUUACCCAGCAUGUUAUUCUCUUCAGUAAUCCAACACACAAAUGGAACUGGUUAUUGGCAAAUAUAGUGCAGAUUUUAUCUGAUGGUAGUGUACUGAUAUUUGUCACAAAGAAAGCCGAUGCAGAACAGGUGGCGAACAGUCUUAUUUUGCAGGAAUACGAGCCAGUUCUGCUGCACGGUGACAUGGAUCAGUCCGAUCGUAACAACGUUAUCACCAAGUUCAAGCGUCGUGAAGUUGACAUAAUGGUGGCUACUGAUGUAGCUGCUCGUGGUCUCGAUAUUCCGCACAUUAGAACCGUAAUAAACUACGAUAUUGCACGUGAUAUUGACACUCAUACACAUCGCAUCGGAAGAACUGGUCGUGCUGGCGAAAAAGGUACGGCAUACACGUUGGUGCUGGACAAAGACAAAGAAUUCGCCGGUCAUCUGGUUAGAAAUCUCGAAGGAGUCAAUCAGGAAGUACCGGACGAUCUAAUGAAACUGGCUAUGCAGAGCUCUUGGUUCAGAAAUUCUCGUUUCAAGCAGAAUAACAAAGGUAAAAAUUUGAAUGUUGGUGGAGCCGGCCUUGGUUUCCGGAUUCGACCAGCACCAAGUGGACCACUCAAAUCUUCCGAUGGCUCUUCAUCAUCUUCAUCCGGAAACAAGCAGCCCAUGGAUCGUCUCAGCGCGAUGCGUGAUACUUUCAAAGCACAAUACAAUGCACAGUUUAAAGCUUCUUCCGAUCGAACAUGGGAAAACAUUCUCCCAGAGGGAGGUGUCUUUGCGAAGCCGAUUAUGUCAGGCUUUGUAGCGGCAUCCAGCAACGACAGCGGUGAAAACGAACACAACCAACACCAGCAGCAAGCGAGUGGCGAUGAGCAACCCCGAAAGAAGAAAAGUAGAUGGAAUUAAGAAGGUUUACUGGAUUAUCAUUAGGGUUGUACACGAUUCUGUCGUAUCUGAAAUGUCUGUAUUUAUGCUUCGGUACAGUUUAUCCAAUUGUACGUGUCCAAUUGUAGGUCAGUUCACUGAGAAAAAUAUUGCCGAAUAUCGUGGCACGUACGGUUACGUAUGAAAUAAAGUCUUCAUAAACAUCAUGUCUGGAAA